AUGGCAAAGCUGACCCGUCAGCAGAAUUCGGAUCAUUAUCGCAAGAAGACUGCUGCCAUCUCGAAGACUCUGGAGCCCGUGUGGAAGGAUGAGGUGUGGGAUUUCCCAAUCACCGCUGAGUGGUUGGGGCCCGACGGCUUCUUCGAAGAGGAUGACUCUGACGAAGUCGCAGAUGACCUAGAAACAAGUCCUCCUCCUCAGGACGGAGUUGUCCAGACAGACGACGCAAGUGAAGCUUUUGCAGCCCUCGGCCUUCAGCCCAAGGCUCCCGCUCAGGUCAAUGAUCCGGCAAGCGCAGGUCACAUCGAAGUCCCUACCAUCUCCGUGGCCGCAUCUGACAGACCUCAGCGGCCUUCGUCGUCUCGUAGGCAUCUUUCUUCUACUGCUAUCAAGGUCUUGUCUACCUCUGCAAAAGGGGUCAAGUUGCUGCCAAAAGGAGCAGCUGCGAGCGCUCGGGCCCUUGCAAGAGUCACACCUCGUCCCACGUACCUUCGAAGGGGCACCAGCAGUAGCCGUCUGCGGAAUCCAUCCCUGUCUCUUGGAGCUAACCUCGAGAUUGUCCUGUGGGACCAGGACUGGGGAGGACGGAGGGAGUACAUGGGCGAAGCCAAUUGGCCAGUGUGGGAAUGGAUCAAAAGCCCGCGAAAGGUAGAGUGGGCAGACGACGAGGGCGGCGCCGAGUCGCAAGGCACGUGGCUCACCCUUGUCUCCUCAAGACAAACCAAAGCUGUGUCCGGGCAGGUGCAGCUUCGUGUAGGCCUUGUGCGGGCACCGGACUCCCCGGUCAAGUCGCUCGACACCUUGUACAGAAGUCUUGUGACAGCGGCUGUUUGGACAGGUCACCGCCGCCACGCAGCACCGGAUUCUUCUAGUAGACGACCUCGUCCGCACAGCGUCGUUGCUGCAACUGAGGACCAGAUCCGUGCCGGGGUACGAGCUGUGCCAGCUGCCCAGUCGGUAGGCACAGGAGAAGACUUCUUCGAGGAUGAUGGACUCUCUAGCGAGGAUGAGGAGCAGGAAAUAUUGGACUCCGAAAGCGAGUCUGAUCACACUAGCGAUGACGACGACGGUCUUGCAUCCGACAGCGUCACAGAUGACUUGUUGUCCGCCGAGGAGGACUUCACAGCAACUGAGGGCGAAGACGAGGACCCUCUCGGUAAACAUCGGGCCAGAUUGAGAGAGUCGAACAGCUUUGCGCUCAGGCAGCAUGCUUCUCAGGUUUUGACAGCUCCAUCUUCAAAUGCAUCUGCGGCAUCAUCACAGCUAGGUAUAGCAACACUGGAGGAUGACAGGCGACCGUCCCGUCGCAAGCUGCUUAGCGCUCUCGGCCGGAGAUCUAGACGUCGCAGCACUGGAGAGUCUUCGGGUCUUGCUACUCCUGCUACAGAUGACAACAUUGCAGAUCCUUUGGCAGAACUAGUCGCGGCACAGAACAAAUCGAGGAGAUUACGGAAGGCAAAGAAGCGGAACAAAUCCGGCAGCGACGACAUUACAUCACUUGGUGAGGGCAAAGAUAGCAGAAGGCGCUCAAAGGGAGCCUCGCAGAAGGCUCGUCGAGAGGCCAAGCGAAAGCGCCAAGCGGAGAAACAAGGCUACUCGUUCAAGGGGGGUAGCGAUAUUGUUGGCAUCGUGAUGAUGGAGAUCUCUGGAGCGAGCGACCUGCCUAGAUGGAAGAACAGUCUGCGUACCGGUUUCGAUAUGGAUCCGUUCACCAUCGUUGCCUUUGGUCAGAAGGUCUUCCGUACCAGAGUGUUGCGUCACACGCUCAACCCUACAUGGAACGAGAAGUUGCUCUAUCACGUCCGAAAAGGAGAGGACAAUUUCGACAUCAAGAUGAGCAUCUACGACUGGGACAAAAUCACCUCGAAUGAUCAUGUCGGCUCGUGUGCUCUACCUCUGAGCACGCUGCUGCAAGCUGCACCGAAACCAGACGCUGUGACCGGGCUCUUCGACCCGGAUGCCAGUGCCCUCGCCGAGCUUAAGACCUUCGAUCUGCCAUUGACACGCCAGGGCGGAGACGAAGAGGUCAAAUUUCGCCACUCAACACCUAUUCUGACCAUCAAAGCCAAGUACAUGCCCUAUGCCGCCCUUCGACAACGCUUCUGGCGACAGCUGCUCAAUCAGUUCGACACCAAUGAUUCUCGGUCUCUGUCAGCGCUUGAGCUUACUGCGAUGCUUGACUCUCUGGGCUCUACACUUACUAUAGAAACGAUCCAAAGCUUCUUUACAAGUCGAGACAAGAGCUACGAUAACGAUGAGCUCUCCAUCGAAGAAGCCAUUGUAGCACUUGAAGCCGAGAUCAACAAGCCCGCCACCGAAAAGAGACAUCGGGACCGAGAAGUGAAGAACAGCCAGGGGCGACCCAGCUCACCUGCACUGCUGAGUACAGGAGCCGACAGAGGCGAAGUUGGUGCCUCGGAAAAGCAAGCCCUCGAUGUCAGCGGACCCUCUGCGCCGAUAUCGGACACAGGCGACGCUGGACCAAAUUCGUCAGCCCCCAUGCCCAUCCCUGCCUCCUCUCAGGUCCCAACGACGAAGGACCGAGAUGUGGUGUCGAACGCAGCAGCAGACGAUGACAGGCAGAGUUUCUUUGUUGGAUCUCCCGAGGAUGACAGAAGCCUGAAGCGGCCUACACAUCUCUCACCUCUAAACGUAUCGAGACCUGGCUUUUUGUCGAAGAGGUCGUCCUCAAGCACUUCUCCAUCUCGUAGCCCCUCUCGCCAAUCAUCAACCGAUGCCCUACGAUCAACUCCGUCUCCAAUUCGCUCAGGCUCAACGCCAGAGCCGCAACAGGGUCUUGACGUCAAAGAAGGUGACGACGACCGACCCGUAGAGAGAGUCGUGCUGCUCAAGACAUGCCCACUCUGUCACAUGCCUCGCUUGAGUCGCAAAGGAGAUGGCGAUGUCAUCACUCACCUGGCUGUGUGUGCCUCCCAAGACUGGCGGCGUGUUGAUUCCUUGGUGGUGCGCAAUUUCGUGACGAGCAAUCAGGCUCAUCGGAAGUUCUUCAACAAGAUCCUGAUCAAUGCGACCCAAGGUGCCUAUAGGCUCGGCGCCAAUUCGGCGAAUCUGAUUGUGCAAGAUCGUCAGACUGGUGAGCUCUUAGAAGAGAAGAUGCAAGUAUACGUGAGGCUAGGCAUUCGUCUGCUCUACCAAGGGGCACGGUCUCGCAUGGAAGGAGCCAGAGUCAAGCGAAUGCUCAAGAACAUGUCCGUUAAGCAAGGAAAAAAGUAUGACUCUCCAGCGUCGGCAAAGGAAAUUCCGGGAUUCAUAGCGUUCCACAAUCUCAAUGUGGACGAGAUCCGCGACCCAUUGGACAGCUUCAAGACCUUCAAUGAGUUCUUCUAUCGCAAGUUGAGGCCAGAUGCGCGACCUGUCGACGAGCCGCAGAAUCCCAAACGGCUCGUCUCAUCUGCUGACUGCCGCAUGAUGGCCUUCGACAGCAUUGAUGCUGCGACGAGGCUGUGGAUCAAGGGGAGAGAGUUUAGCGUCGAGAGGCUUUUGGGCGACGAGUUCAAGGGAAAGCUUGACAACUUCAAGAACGGUAGUCUAUGUAUCUUCCGAUUGGCGCCUCAGGACUACCAUCGCUUCCACUGCCCAGCAGACGCCGUCGUAGGCGAGCCGGUCUGGAUCGAAGGACAAUACUAUACCGUCAAUUGUAUGGCUAUUCGCUCGGCCAUCGAUGUCUAUGGAGAGAAUGUACGAGUGGUUGUGCCUUUCCAUAGCGAAGCCUUUGGUACAUUCUAUGCCAUCAACAUCGGCGCGAUGAUGGUGGGCUCAAUCGUUCUGACUGUCAAAGCAGGCCAAAAAGUGAAAAAGGGUGACGAAAUGGGCUACUAUGCCUUUGGAGGCUCCACAACAGUCUGCAUCUUUGAAGAGGGGAGACUCGAGUUCGAUGAGGACCUCCUGGCCAAUUCAAAGGCGUCCAUCGAGACGCUUGUGAAGCAGGGUACUGCUCGGGCCUCACGAUCUGCUGCUGGAUCGCCGGAGGAGGAGGGCCCACCGAGAGGCCUGCCGGAGCCGGUGGUGUUUCCCGGGGGACCGUCGGAAAGGCGCUGCCCUUCUGAAGAUGGGCUGCUGAAGCAGGAGCCCAUGGGCAAUAACGAGGUUGCUUCGGCUUGGCUCGUCCUUGGCGUGGGUCUGCGCCCAACCCGGCCUCGGAAUUAUCCGACGCAUUCCCUGUCCACGUCCGAGACCGAAUCCCACUCUCGCUCCUACGGCCUAUCUCCCGCCGGUGGUGCUGCAUCUUCUUCCUCUCUCCCCGUCCCGCAACCCAUUGCUGCGCCGCCGGUGCGACCCCCUCCACUCUACUCGCUCAUCUCUACAGGACUACAUCGAUGUUCGGCCAUUGGACUCGAGGAGAGCCUCAAUGAAGCUUGGGCUUUGCUGCAGCCACAGCGCGAGAAAAGGCGCGAGGCAAGCAAUGGCGGUGGAGGAGCGAAAGGAGGCAACAGUGGAAAUGGAAAUGGAAAUGGCAAUGCAAAAGAGGAGCAAAGAGGCUACAGCUCUUCAGCCUCGUCUUCCUCGUCGUCUUCUCGUCAACAACAAGGAGAGGAUAGACUAGUUCCGCCUCCUCGCAAGACAAGAGCUUCACCAUCCCCUCCUGGUACUCCGCCUCGGCAAAAUCGGCCCCAAUUCCAAUCGAGCAACAGCCAGUACACUGCAUCGCCGUCCAAGGCAACUCCCUCUACAGCUCUCACCAAUGCCGACUUGGAGUCGUCGCCCUCCCUCUCCUUUCUUGCGUCUCUACAGCUGCGCACAAUUGUCUAUCUCUCCCCGUCUUUACUGCCCUCGGCCCUGCUCAAAUUGAGUAGAGAGCUGGACCUCAACUUUCUCCAGUGGGACCUCACAGGAGGGAAGAUUUGGAAUCGGAGGACGGGGCAAGGUCUCGGUGGGAGGGGUGGAAGAGUAGGGGAGAGGGAAAGGGAGGCGCUAGACAGGUUUGCUGAUCUGCGGGAUUCAAAGUCAGGCCCUGCAGAUCUGGAGGAGAAGAUCUACUACCAAGACGAAGAAGAGGUCAAGCUUGGAGGGUUAGAUCAUACGCGCAUGUGUAAGGCGACGGUGGAGCUUAUGCUCAACAAGCAUUGUGGGAAUGUGCUGAUAUGCGAUCCAGCGUCUACCACUAGCAAUCUUCGCUUCAUGGAGCUGUUCCCACUCGAAUCUCUAGAGCUACCAGACUGGCCAGACCUCAUCGAGAUUGCAGCAGACGCGCUCAAGGACGUGCAAGCCCAGCACGACAAGGACGAGCAAGGGGCGUCCACCGGAGUCCGAACGUGA